GAGCUCAGAGCUAGCAAGCCUGUCACCCAGAGCAUAAUAAAACUCUGUGUAGUAAUGCAUCACAAGACUGUUUUUGCGUAGAGCUUAGUUUAGCCAAGGCUUUUGGAACCGCCCCCCAGUUGCACCUUACGCUAUAUUAGUACUUCUCAGACAGGAAGAAUUUUCUUUUGCUGGCGUAGCUCGUCCGGUUAUCUUCGGGGAAAAUUAGAUACUGCAGAAGACCAUUUUUUAAAGCAGUUUACUUGGUUUUUAUUGGCAGCCUGUAUGCAAGCGCGCAUCUCUGGAUAUUGCUUGCCACCUAUGCUGUUGUUCUAGGACAAAGUCAAGGACAGAAGAACUCAGAGUGCCUUAAGGAAGAUUGGAUAACCAAGAAAUGACUAGUCAAGAUUCUGCUGUACAUGUGAAAAUGAUGCCAGAAUUGCAGAAAAAUUCAGUUCGCAUCAAGAACCCUACAAGGGUAGAAGAAAUUCUCUGUGGUCUUAUCAAAGGAGGAGCUGUCAAACUUCAGAUAAUAACAGACUUUGAUAUGACACUGAGUAGAUUUUCUUAUGAAGGAAAAAGAUGCCCGACAUGUCAUAAUGUCAUUGACAACUGUAAGCUGGUUUCAGAUGAAUGUCGAAAAAAGUUACUACAACUGAAGGAAAAAUAUUAUGCCAUUGAAAUUGACCCUCUUCUUACCGUGGAAGAGAAGUUCCCUCAUAUGGAAGAAUGGUAUACUAAAUCACAUAGUCUGCUUGUUGAACAGGCUUUACCAAAAGACAAACUUAGAGAAAUUGUGGCAGAAUCCGACGUUAUGCUCAAAGAAGGGUAUGAGAAAUUCUUUGAUAGGCUCCAACAACACAGUGUCCCUGUGUUCAUAUUUUCGGCUGGUAUCGGCGAUGUGCUCGAGGAGAUUAUCCGUCAAGCUGGCGUUUAUUAUCCAAAUGUCAAAGUAGUGUCCAACUUCAUGGAUUUUGAUGACAAUGGGGUGCUCAAAGGAUUUAAAGGAGAGCUGAUUCAUGUCUUUAACAAACAUGAUGGUGCCUUGAAGAACACAGAAUAUUUCAGUGAACUGAAAGACAACAGCAACAUAAUUCUGCUGGGAGACUCCCAGGGAGACUUAAGAAUGGCAGAUGGAGUAGCCAAUGUUGAACACAUUCUGAAAAUUGGAUAUCUAAAUGACAGAGUGGAUGAGCUUUUAGAGAAGUACAUGGACUCUUAUGAUAUUGUUCUAGUAAAAGAGGAAACAUUGGAAGUAGCCAAUUCUAUCUUACAGAAGAUUCUGUAAACAAGCAUUCUUCAAGAAGCUGUGUCUCCUGUGGGUGCAAUUGAUGCAGGAACUGCUCAUGUGUUCAUCUUGCUGAAAGACUAAUUUAUCAUAUAUCCUUGCUCUUGAAGUUUUUCCUCUACGUUACUGAAGUAUUUUCAGACAAGUUGAAUCCAUCAACUGGAAGCUUCUUUUUCUACACCUCACUCAACACACUCCUCACCGUAUUUUUUAACAUUCAAAAAAAAAAAAUCUUAAAGUCAAAAUUUGAAGAAUAACUGCCUGCAUUUCCAGAGUGGAUUUUGUAGUUUACUGUUAUCAUGAAGUUUUUGAGUCUUUUUACACUGGGGAAGUUUAAUGUGUGUGAUUUUAAGUAUUACCUUUUUUGCAUUUUGGGUGAAUUAUGCUGCUGGUAUCACUAUCUCCUAAAAGUGUGUUAUGUUGGUUAUUUUGUUUUGGGAAAAUUGAUAUUUACCAGAAAAUACUUGCCCUUGGUGUUUGAAAAAACUUGGUAUUCACAUGUCAUUAAUCAUAAAAUGUUCUAUAUUGAUGCACUGAUAAUAAACAUGCAAUGAAAACCUU